AAAAACGGAGCCGUGCUGUCUCGUCUCCCGGUGAGUGUCAGCUAGAGUUACCUGCCGGCCCGUGUGCCCAUGAGGUUGUUUUUGUUACCUGAACACUAAGGGACGCUCAGUUCGCUCCCUCACUGUGCUGGCUGGAUUUGCUUGUAUUUGUUCCUAGCCACUGCUCAGGUAAUGCACUCCCUUAACCAGGAAAUUAAGGCAUUCUCCCGGAAUAAUCUCAGGAAGCAGUGCACCAGGGUGACAACGCUCACUGGAAAGCAAAUUAUAGAAACAUGGAAAGAUGCCAGAAUUCAUGUUGUGGAAGAAAUAGAGCCAAGCGGCGGGGGAGGUUGUGGUUAUGUGCAGGACCUUAGCUUGGACCUGAAAGUUGGUGUUAUUAAGCCAUGGUUGCUCCUGGGGUCACAAGAUGCUGCUCAUGAUCUGGAUACAUUGAAAAGACUCAAGAAUGUUUUGAAUUUAUAGAACAGGCAAAAAUGAAG